AUGACAAUGGAGGCCGCAACAACAUCAGAGAACCCUAAGACUCUGCCGCCUACGCUUCCCUCCCCACCGUCAGUGCGCCAGUUACCUCCCUCCGAACGGCCGCCGUCUUUACCUCUUCCCCGGACAUUCGUCGACAGCCAUUGGGGGCGUUCAUAUCACCCUUACGAAAACACAGACCAACGAGGUCCAUCUUCCUACUCAGCGUCUCCACGAGAAGGCUCUCAUAUGGCGGAAUCGUACGGCAGGCCCGGUAACAGCAUACCUCCCGCCUCCAGAACGCCUAACGGCACGUUCAGGCCGGUUAAUGGCGCCCAUGAAGGCAACCCGAACCCUCCUCCUAAUAACUACCAGCCUCCAAACGACUUCCAUGGCCGACCUGGCAGUUAUGGCGCUGAUAACAACCACCAGAAUGGCGAGCAUCAUGGAAUGCAGAUGAUCUCGCCUGUCGAUGGCAUGCAGCCACCACCACCAUCUACGCACCGACCGUAUCCUCCUGGCACGCCGAUAGCUCAGACUCACGGCCCCUACGACCAGGGGAGUUACUACCUUAACCAAGCCAACUCGCAGGCCCAGUCGCAGGCCCAGAGACAGCGUCGAACCACCCGCGCGCAGCAGGCCUGCGAUCAAUGUCGUGCGCGAAAAGCGAAAUGUGACGAAGGUCGCCCAUCAUGUAGUUUGUGUAAGGAGAGCAAUUCGGUCUGUGUCUAUAAGGAUGUUCCACCUCACAAGCAUGAACGCUCGACUCAAUUGGUUCUCGAUCGUCUAAAGCAGUUGGACGAUCGGUUUAAUGACAUGUUGAAAAGUCAAGCAGAGCAAGAUUUGAAACUAGAGGCUUUGAUACGGGCUCAAAAAAUGUCCCCAUUUAGUCCAAAGCUUGAAAAGAAGCCCGAGAUAGUACAAAAGACGUCCACACCAGCAGAACAGGAACGUGCUUCACCGAAAGCCGCCAGUAUAAGUGAAGCCCCGACUGGCAAGCAUAUCAAGGAUGAGCAUAUCGACCUUCAUAUUGAUGAUGAUGAACUCUCCAUUCCCAUUGAACACACUACCGCAGCCCACAAACUCCUCCUGUGGCCAUCAAUCCAGAAAUUGCUACCCGAACGAAUUGAUGCAGACUAUGUCAUGGAGUUAGAAGAGGAGCGAGGUCCGAUCAGACCCUAUGGACGUGGUGAAGGCGAAGACGGACACGACAUUAGCGUUUAUCCCUACAGUCCAAAACUCCGAUCCCCCAGCCCCCGUGAAGAUGAAAGCUUUCAAGCCCGCCCUCCUAGCACUGGAUAUGGCACUGGACUAGAAAUAUACCAAUCAAACCCUACCCUGCACGUCCCAAAAGAGCGGCAGGUAGGUGGUCUCAAUGCUUCCGGCGUUCUUAAUCUUGAUUCAGACGUUAUUGAGAAGCAUCGCCAAAGCUACCUCCAGAACAUGCAUAUCUUGCAUCCUAUACUUGCUCAGGACAGCCUAAACAACAUGAUUUCGAACUUUAUUAGGACCUACAGCCCCCAGUCCAAGUCUAUGCCAACACCACUAGGCUCACGAGCUGACCCUGCGUCAGGGGUUCACAGAGUUCAAAAAAGAAAGCGAUCUGUUGACUUGCCGGAUGGAUACCCAGACUCACCAGUAUCAGACAGCUUUUCUCCUCACACGGGCCAUGAAAUUCAACGGUCCCUUGAAAAUGCAAUUGUUCUAUUAGUACUGGCUUUAGGUUCGAUAUGUGGGUAUAAGGGUCCUAUCCCAGGCCCUGUACGGCACGUACCAGUUGGUCCCUUCACACCUGUGAUGGGGGACCACUCUCUAGCCGUGUCAAACUCACCACCCGAGAGUAUGCCUUUUGCAAACCAUCAUAGGCGGUUUUCCACACAGUCAACCCAUGUUGGCCCAGACCCGCCGGAUAUCAGGAAUAUGGAUGUCAUUCCGGGAAUGGCGUAUUAUGCACUUGCUUCGGAUAUUUUGGGCAAUUUGCAUGGAGGUAAUGAUCUAGCCCUUGCUCAAGCUUGUCUUCUCGCCGCCCUUUAUACAGGACAACUUGCACACCCAUUUUCAAGCCAUGGGUGGAUUUAUCAAGCAGCCCGCGCCUGCCAGGUUUUGGUUCGACCACGAAAAUAUGACUGCAUGCCCGAAGGCCCGAGGAAAGAUCUGAUAUGCCUGGUUUUUUGGACAUGCCUACAACUUGAGAGUGAUAUAUUGGCAGAGCUUGAUCUACCGGCAAGCGGGAUCAGUCGACUAGAAGGGCGCAUGAACUUUCCUCGAGGGGUUUUUGCUCAUACCAUUCCAAAUGAAAUACAUGCGCCUAAUACCAUGAUGAUGAUGUAUUACCUUGUGCAAAUUCACCUUCGAAAGGUUCUUAACAGGAUCCAUACCGACUUGUAUAAGGCCGAAAAACAAGGAGGUGAAAAGGCCCGCUGGUCGACUAAGAUCCAAGAGGCACUAAGCUUCAACCUUGAGCAAUGGCGCAGUGGUCUACCUGAGUAUAUGCGCUGGGAAGAUUCCGACCCACCAGCAAAAGAUAUCAACACCGCACGCAUGCGCGGUAAAUACUAUGGCGCUAAAUAUCUCAUCCACCGACCCCUGCUUCAUCACGCCCUGCACCCAAUGGCUCCUAAGCCUCGUAACCCUGUCCCUGCUGCGUCACCAGCCCAGUCUACCGUCUCCAGCUCCCAAUCUCAAGUCUCGCCAUCGCUAUCUCACGUCCAUCAAGCAGAGAAAAUGGAGCGAUACACAAGCGAGAUGGGCCCGCCAGUCCGGACGCCAUCCAAUGACCCGCAGCCGCCGCUGCUGAGCGACUUGGAGCCCAAGGUUUUUGAUGCGUGCAUGGUCUGUAUUAACGCUGCUAUGAACAGCACUGUAGCAUUUGAUGGAGUCGAAGGCCGCCCCAUUGUCACCAAUAUAUUUGGAACUGCUCACGCUCAAUUCGGCAAUAUGCUCGUCCUCUCAGCAACCUAUACAUCUCAACUUUCUGCCCUUGUCGAUGGCGAAAAACUUUGCGCACUACUCGACCGAACCAUUAAAUUCCUGUUACGAAGCAGACAUAUCUCUCCCACGUUGCGCAAAGACGCAGAAAUAUUAACGCUGAUACGGCGCAAACUCUUUGAACAAAACCCGCAGCCGCAGCCGCAGCCGGCACAACCUGGAAGCUUUUCUAGUGACCGAUGA